UAUUUGCAGAAGAGAAGCUAGGGCUUGUUUGCAGAGGCGAACAAGUGAGCAGAAAAUCAUCCUCAAAAGAUGGCGUCGGCGGCUCCAGUUGUUGAAUCUGUACAGUGUUUUGGGCGCAAGAAGACUGCGGUAGCGGUUACUCACUGUAAGCGCGGCCGUGGUUUGAUUAAGAUCAAUGGUUCCCCGAUCGAACUGAUCGAGCCUGAGAUCCUUCGAUACAAGGCAUACGAACCUGUUCUCCUCCUAGGUCGUCACCGAUUCGCUGGCGUGGAUAUGCGUAUCCGCGUGAAGGGAGGCGGUCACACCUCGCAGAUUUACGCAAUUCGUCAGAGUAUUGCGAAAGCCCUGGUUGCUUUCUAUCAGAAGUUCGUUGACGAGCAGUCGAAGAAGGAGAUCAAGGAUAUCCUGAUGAGGUACGAUCGGACUCUACUUGUUGCUGAUCCCAGGCGUUGCGAGCCUAAGAAGUUUGGUGGUCGUGGUGCCAGAUCUAGAUUCCAGAAAUCAUACCGUUAAGGAGGUACAAGAAAUGUCAUGCCAGCAAAAAUGCUCCAAUUUUCAGUUUUUAUUAUUUUUACUGUUUGAAUUAAUCUUCUUUCUAUGUUAUGAUGUUUUCUGGAGACUUUGAUAAUCUUAUGUUUUGUUAUCUAUGCUGGUUGAUCUGAGAACUUGUUUUUAGUUUCAUAAUAUCUGCUUCUAAUUAUGGACAAAGCAUUUUUGAUCUUAUACAAUUCGUAUCAAUUUUGUUUCUACAA